AUGGCUGAGAACCAAGAGCAGCCACCGGGCCCACCGCCGUCCACUUCAUCGUCACCCUUGAAAUCAGCUGCUCCUCCUCCUCCUCCUCCGCAGCGCCCUACGAUCACCCUCCCUCCGCGCUCCUCUUUCGAGACGCUCUUCAACUCCGGCGGCGCCAAUAGUGGGCCGGGUUUCGGCCUCGGCUUCAGCCCAGGGCCCAUGACGCUCGUCUCCAGCUUCUUGUCCGAUGGCGAAGACUGCAAGUCCUUCUCUCAGCUGCUCGCAGGAGCCAUGUCUCCGGCGGCCAGGCCGCCUGGCUUCCCUCAGCUCGAAGACCGAGGCUCCGGCGACGACAACUCCGAUUUCCGGUUCAAGCAGAACAGACCGUCGCCGAUGUUUUCGGUCCCGUCUCCGGGCUUGCUCGACUCGCCGGGGCUCUUCUCGCCUGGUCAGGGACCCUUUGGAAUGACACACCAGCAGGCCCUAGCACAGGUCACAGCUCAGGCUGCACAAUCCUCUUCCUAUUUCCAUAUCCCAACUGAAUACUCAUCUUCUUUAUCGACAGCGCCCGCCACAUCCUUGACACAGCUUCCAGCCUUUACUUCCAAUUCAACAGCACCCCAGGAGAUGCCAUCUGGACCAGCUGACUCUGGGGUGGCUAUAAAAGAAUCAUCUGACAUCUCCCAUUCUGAUCAGAGAUCCCAACCGUCUUCGUUUACGGUUGAUAAGCCUAAUGAUGAUGGAUACAAUUGGCGUAAAUAUGGGCAGAAGCAGGUGAAGGGCAGUGAGUUUCCUCGAAGUUAUUACAAAUGCACGCAUUCAAAUUGUCCUGUUAAGAAGAAGGUCGAGCGCUCAAUUGAUGGACAAAUAACUGAGAUUAUUUACAAGGGUGAGCACAACCAUGAACGUCCUCAGUCCAAGCGUGCAAAGGAUUCUGGAAAUCCGAUUGGAAACAUUCAGGCAAAUCCUGACUUAGCUUCCCAAGUUCAUGGUGGGCAUUUGAACAAAUCUAAGAAGGGUCAGGAAUCUAGCCAAGCAACACAUGAUCAUUUAUCUGGGACUAGUGACAGUGAGGAAGUAGGAGAUGCUGAAACCAGAGUAGAUGAAAAAGAUGAAGAUCAACCUGACCCAAAGAGACGAAAUACAGAGGUUAGGGCAGAGCCAGCUUCUUCACAUCGGACUCUGACAGAGCCUAGAAUCAUAGUGCAGACAACCAGUGAAGUCGAUCUUUUAGACGAUGGCUAUAGGUGGCGCAAGUAUGGGCAGAAAGUCGUCAAAGGCAACCCUUAUCCGCGGAGCUAUUACAAAUGCACGUUCCCUGCCUGCAAUGUACGUAAGCAUGUAGAGAGAGCCUCGACAGAUCCUAAAGCUGUCAUAACAACGUAUGAGGGAAAACAUAAUCAUGAUGUACCAGCUUCUAAAACUGGCAGCCACUACGCAGCCAACAACAAUGCCUCAAAUCUAAGAGCAGUCAACGCAGGAACUGAGAAGAUUAACAAGAUGGAUCUUAGAAACAGUGACCAACAGCCUAUAGCACGUUUACGCUUAAAAGAAGAACAAAUAACAUGA